CAGUAUGCCGCGUUUCCGGCUCUGGUAGACCAGCCUUGCGCGCAUGGUCUCCACGGGUUCGUCCACUGGUCUUCCCUCUGGAUGUGGCGUGAUGAUAUCGGAGGUAGCGCCAAUGCUAGCAGGCGAGACUGGCUCGGGGAAUUCGCGAGUUUGAAAGGGGAUCGGGUAAGGAUCGGUGGCUUUCGAUGGUCGCUCAUCCCCGGGUGUAGGACCAUCCUGGAGGACCUUGGUGGUCAGAGUCCUCCGGGGGGCACACUGCACACAUCGCAGCGUUCUCGAAGCUCGCAACAUCAUCGUCAUCGUCAUUUCUGGUCGAUGAGCGGCUGCCCCGUUCGCGCCUUCGCGUCUUGCCUUCGACAAAAUCCCGGCUCGCUCCCCGGCUAACCGGCCCACUCACUCACUUAUCAAGAGCUACCGAGAAUGCUCGUCGCUGACAAGGUCUGGUAUGUGACGGGCGGUGCGAGUGGCUUGGGUGCAGCAACGGUCGCCGAGCUCGUCAAGCAAGGCGGUCAUGUGGUCUGUAUGGACCUUGACGAGGAGCUAGGAGAGAAGCUCGCAAAGACGUUCCAGACGACAGUCAUCUUCCACAAGACGGAUGUCAGGAGCGAGGAACACGUCGUUGGCGCGAUGAGAGCUGCCGACAAGGCUUUCAAGGGCAAGAAGACGGGCGGCGUCAUUGCCUGUGCUGGAGUAGGCAUGGUCGGCAAGACCGUCAACACGGACGGCACGCCCGCCUCGCUCGAAGUAUUUCAGACGCUCGUCGACAUCAACCUCGUCGGCACCUACAACGUCGCCCGACUCAUUGCGGCCAAGAUCGUCUCGGAAUAUCCUCCACCCGGCAAGCCCGAAAACCUGGACGCGAUGGACGCCGUGCCGGAUGAGAUCCCAGGCGCGGUGAACGAAGAUCGGGGCGUGAUCAUCCUGACUGCCUCUGUGGCCGGUGCAGAGGGUCAGAUCGGUCAAGGUGCCUAUGCUGCUUCAAAAGGUGGAGUCCUCGGCCUGGCGCUACCGAUGGCACGCGAUCUGGCACGAUAUGGCAUUCGCGUCAUGGUCAUUGCGCCCGGCCUAUUCAGUACUGCGAUGGGCAACUCGACACCACCGAAAGCGAAAGCAGCCAUCCUGCACUCUACGGAAUACCCACCUCGACUGGGUCGAGCGGAAGAAUUCGCUCAUCUCUCCCUCGCUAUCAUCGGCAAUCCUAUGCUCAACGGUUCCGUCAUUCGUAUCGACGGCGCAACACGCAAUGGCAAAUUGUAGACUGUGUACUACAUCGACAGCAUUACAUGGGUUACAAAAAGCGCGAUGAGCA